AUGUUCGCGAUUGUUGACUAUGAGUUUGGUCACCGACCGAUUCUUCUCUGUCGCGUUCAUAUCGGUGGAUUCCUUCCUCUGUAUAUGCCUCGUCAUCAUCGGAGUCCUCAAUCACGUCUCGCUGCCGAUGUGGUGGGGGAAGCGAUGGAGCUGUGGUUCGGGAAGCUCUGGCAGUUGAAGGCGGCGCAGCAUUAUUGCCAUCCUCGUCGUCGAUUUCCAGCUCAUUAUGUUUCCUCAGGGUUGACUGGGAAAGGAGAAAUCGUGGGGAGUUGGAGAAUUGAGGGCCGGCGCCUCUGCGCGUCGAUGGUUGGCGGCGAGACAGGCGAAAUGGAGACGGGGUCUAAUCACGACGUGUCAGCGCUGUGA